UCCGGAUAAAAGCUCAGGCCUGGAGGUGGCCGGCCCAGCCUCCCAGAGCCCGCAGCAGCCAGCCGCGGCCAUGGCCCAGUCCCCUCCUCUGCACAGCCUCCUGGGCCAAGACCACUGGAUCUUCCCCCAGGGUUGGGGCUGGGCCGGCCACCCGGACUCCACGUCCCCUGCCUCCUCCUCGGACUCGUCGGGCUCCUGCCCCUGCGAUGGCUCCCGCGGCCCCUCGCAGCCCGCGCCCCAGGCCCGCGGCGCCCGCGCCGCAGAGGCCGCCCCGACGGCGCCCGGACGAGCCCGCAGCGGAGCCGCCGCCGGGCAGCGGCAGAGCGCCAGCGAGCGCGAGAAGCUGCGCAUGCGCACGCUCGCCCGCGCCCUGCACGAGCUGCGCCGCUUUCUGCCGCCGUCCGUGGCGCCCGCCGGCCAGAGCCUCACCAAGAUCGAGACGCUGCGCCUGGCCAUCCGCUACAUCGGCCACCUGUCGGCGGUGCUGGGCCUCAGCGAGGAGGGCCUGCAGCGCCGGCGGCGGCGGCGCAGCGACGCGGCGGUGCCUCGGGGCUGCCCGCUCUGCCCCGACGGCGGCCCCGCGCAGACGCAGACGCAGACGCAGGUGCAGGCGCGCGCCCCGGCGCUGGGCUCAGCCGCCAGCCCCUCCGCGUCCUGGGGGUCCCCGCCGGCGUGUCCCGAAGCACUAGCGGCCCCCGAGCGCCUGGGGAGCAGGAUACCUGACACGGGUCCCUGGGUUACACCCCCUUACCACCCUGGGAUGCAGUCGCCCCCGCAACUGUCCCGAGGGAGAGGCCCCGACGGGGCCCUUUGGACACCGCCCCAGGGCUGUUCAGGAACGCAGCCGUCCCCAGAGUCCAGGAAUCAGGCUACACCCUGGACGCCUUCCCCCGCGGCCCCUGAGCUGGCUGUAAUAUACCAGGGUAUCUCUGUGUCUCCAGAGUCCUGUCUGUUGCCAGAAACGCCACCCCUCCUGUCCCGCCCAGCAUGCCAGAGACUCCAGCCUCAGACCGGGUGGGGUGGCUGGAGCCACAGCGCAGAGAUGCUCCCCGGUUCAGAAGACCAGGGACCAGGCCCUGCCUUCCAGCUCGGUGAUGAGAGCCCUUCCCAGAGCUCAGGCGCGCAGCUCAGUGGCUGCCCUGAACUUUGGCAAGAAGAUUUGGAGGGGGCCCACCUGGGCAUCUUCUACUAAAGGCCUUGCGCUGUCCCCUUGUCGGCCAGGAGUCAGGCCUCCAGGGUGGGCUGCCCUCCAUCUGCUGCCUCUGAGGUCUUCAAGGUUUUUUUGUUUUUGCUUUUUUUUAAACCAAGCAUCUCUUUUCCAAGGGAUGUCUUUUAUGGAAGCAGUGUUUGAAACAGGUCGUGGGUGGCUUCCCUGGCUGGAGUCAGGGCUGGGGCAGGGCCCUCCAUUCCUAGAACCACCCCCCCCCCACCCCAGAAUGCCCAGUGCUCUACAGAGCACCGCCUGACCUACAGGAAGGUGGUAGCUGCUUGAGCACAGACUCAGCCAGCUGGGACUGGUGGGGGAGUGGGUUGCGGCUGGGGGUGGG